AUGGGAUCUGUCGGAGGAGUGACGCUGGAUCUGCGAGGCUGGCUCUGGUAUGGAUUUAUCAACACGUGUCUGAAGUCACUUGUAAUUGAAAAGUUUGGAGAAGACACCUGGGACAAACUCAGGAAUGAGGCAAAAGUUCAAGACACUUUCAUGACUUAUGAGGUUUACCCAGACGACAUAACCAUGAAACUAGUCUCAGAGGCCUGCAAGCUGCUGGAUGUUAAAUCAGACAUUGUGCUGAGACAGUUUGGGGAAUACUUCUUUGAGUUUUGUAAGAGGUCUGGCUAUGACCACAUGCUUCGAACCCUCGGAGGGAAUCUGUUUGAGUUUAUUGAGAAUCUGGAUGCUCUCCAUGGCUACCUGUCCCUCUCCUACAAGGAGAUGAAUGCGCCCUCCUUCCGAGUGGAGAAAAACCAAGACGGCACGAUGCUUCUGCAUUACUACUCAGACCGCAGGGGCCUCUGCCACAUCGUCCCUGGCAUCAUAGGUGCGGUGGCCAGAGACUUCUUCAAGAGCAGCAUACUGAUGGAGAUCGUGACGCAGGCGGAGGAGGUGGAGAGGACGGGCAAGAGGGAGCAUGUGGUCUUCCUUGUCACCCAGACGGUGGCACCUGCAGACGUCGAUGCCCCGUCACCCCCUGCCCCUGCCCCUGCCCUUGCCCCGCACCUGGCCAAAGCCCUGGCAGCUGAUAAUAAUGCCCCCCACCUGGCCACAGAGAGGAAGCGUCCGUCCCUGUGCCCCCUCAGGAGAAGCUACUGGGAGAUGGUGAGGGGUCUAGUGCGGCUGGGGAGAGGUAGGCUACUGAGGGGCUUUGAGCCCGUGUAUCCUGCUCAGCUGUGUGUGGACCUGAAGACCUUCUGUAGCGCCUUCCCCUUUCACAUAGUGUUCGACGAGGAGCUGAAGGUGUGCCAGGCUGGCGUGACCAUCCAGAGGAUCGUGCCGGGUCUGCAGACGGCGGGUAUCCGCCUGGACGUCUACUUCAGCAUCAGCCACCCGGACGUCACGUUCAGCAUCACGUCCAUCCGCACCUUCAUCAACAGCCACUUCGUACUGCAGACACGCAGACACAUGAUGCCCAGGUGCUGGAGAGACAGACCCAUGCUGGAGCUGAGAGGCCAGAUGUUGUGGAUGUCCUCCUUGUCCUGCAUGCUCUAUCUUGCGUCUCCUCUGCUGCGCAGUCUUGAGGAGCUGGAGGAGCGCCGUAUGCACCUGUCGGACAUCGCUCCUCACGACGCCACGCGCCACCUCAUCCUCCUCAACGGACAGCGCCUCGCCGAGAUGGAGCUCUCCUCACAGCUGGAGAGGAAGAAGGAGCAGUUGCGCCUCCUCUCGCAGCACCUGGAGGAGGAGAAGGGCAAGACGGAGGCACUCCUCUACGCCAUGCUGCCCAAACACGUGGCCAACCAGCUGAAGGAGGGCAAGACUGUGGAGGCCGGUGAGUUUCAGGAGUGUACUGUGCUCUUCAGUGAUGUCGUGACCUUCACCUCUAUCUGCUCCCAGUGCGAGCCGCUACAGAUCGUUCUCAUGCUCAACUCCAUGUACCUCAAGUUCGACCGUCUCACCACCGUGCACAACGUCUACAAGGUGGAGACUAUAGGCGACGCCUACAUGGUGGUGGGGGGCGUGCCCAUCCCGGUGCCCAGCCAUGCGGAGCAGGUCGCGAACUUUGCCCUCGGCAUGAUCAUGGCCGCCAAGCAGGUCACCAACCCCAUCACCGGGAAACCCAUACAGAUCCGUGUGGGUCUGCACAGUGGGCCGGUUCUGGCGGGGGUGGUGGGGCAGAAGAUGCCGAGGUACUGUCUGUUUGGAGACACGGUGAACAUCGCCUCGCGCAUGGAGAGCCACGGACUCCCUGACAAGAUACACCUCAGCCCAACUGUAUACCAGGCUCUGCGCCAUAAGGGCUUCGUGAUGUGUGAGCGCGGCGAGGUGGACGUCAAGGGUAAGGGCGUGAUGCGGACAUACUUCCUGCAGCGGAACCUCAAGGCGUCCGACAGCCAGAUCAUGGGCCGAGGCGUCGCCAUGGAGACACAGCAGAGCCUCCACGCACCUGCACAGCCAGGUAAGACUAUAUGA